UGAAAAGAUUGCAAUUAUGUUGCGUUCUUUUUUUGUUCCAUCUUUUCGUUUCUGUUCUCCCGGUUUGUAGUUCAGCUCCCUACUGCUGCUGCCGUCGCCACCGCCACCGUUUCUUUCACCAUUGUCGUCGGGCUGCCCACGUGCGGGGUGGGGGCUGUGUAGUAGCAUAACGAGCGCAUAACGGGAAAGUGCAGUGCCAUAUCGCAGCAGUCGCCGACCGAGUAGUGGUGUGUCGUUGUGUUGCUCUGAAAGUGUGUGCUGUGUGUGCUGUGCGUGGUGUGUGUGUGGCUCCUCCAAAACCCCUUUAGUUUUGGCGGUGGCACGCAGAGGUGGCGUAAUUUACGCAAUAAUACAAAGUGUCAAACACAGAAGAAGUCGUUGUUGUGCAUCCUUGCUGGAAGAGAGUGUGUGUGAGAGUGUAUCGGGCAAGCCAUGUCCUUCGGUGGCAGUGCCGUACCGAGGUGGUGGUAGAGAAAGCACCCUAAAGCCUAAAACAAGAAAGGGCCAAACGCGAGGGAUCGGUGGAAGGUUGGCCUCGUUUCCGCUACCCAGCGCCAAUCAAUCCAAUACAUCCGACGGCCACCCAUCGGUUCUCCCAUCCAUCCAUAGCGGUCUUUCCAGAGCGGGAAACGGGGAGGGAUAGUGCUUCAUUCGUGCGAGUGUGUGUGUGAGAGAGAGAGAGAGAGAGAGUAGGAAGAAAAAUGGGUCAAGCUGCGAGCCAGGAGGAUGCGGAACAGGGUGGCGGCCAGGCCGGCGGCGGCGAGGAGGAGGAGGACGACGAUGGAGGCAUCAUCCCGAUGCGCUCGGAUCGCUUCCUGGUGACGGACAGUGAAAUUGCGUGCGAGGAGGCGGCACGAUUGACGGCCGACACACAGGAAUAUACAUCGCCGGACGAUGACGAUGGAGGGUGCGAGUACCACGAUAUGCCGCCCCCACCGGACGGUGGAUACGGCUGGGUGAUCGUAUUCGCCUCGUUUAUGUGCAACAUGAUCGUGGACGGCAUCGCGUACACGUUCGGCGUGUUCCUGAACGAGUUCGUGGUGUACUUCGGCGAGGGCAAGGGUACGGUGGCCUGGGUGGGCAGCUUGCUCAGCGGUAUGUACCUGAGCGCCGGUCCGGUUGUGUCCGCGCUGGCCAACAAGUACGGCUGCCGGGCGGUGUGUAUCGCGGGCAGCAUCAUCUCCUGCGCGGCGUUUGCGCUCAGCACGCUCAGCACCUCCGUGACGAUGCUGAUGCUCACGUACGGCGUGAUGGGCGGCAUCGGGUUCGGGCUGAUCUAUCUGCCCGCGGUCGUGGCCGUCGGGUACUACUUCGAAACGAAGCGCUCGCUCGCCACCGGCAUUGCCGUGUGCGGGUCCGGGUUCGGCACGUUCGCGUUCGCACCGCUCGCGAACAUGCUGCUGGAAAACUUUGACUGGAAAAACUCCAACCUCAUCCUGGCCGGGCUGAUACUGAACUGUGCCGUGUUUGGGGCGAUGAUGCGACCGCUCACCUACCCGAAGGAGGACAAGGUGAAGCCGCUGAUGCAGCGCAUGUACGAGGAAAAGCGGCUGCAGAUGGAGCGCGGCUCGAUCGGUGGGUCGUACUUUAUGGUUCAGCUGCCGGACGGCACGAUGGAGAAAAGACUGAAGGCGCCGCUGAACGCGGACCCGGGCGUACACUCGAGCCUGGCGCUGGACCAGCUGGCCGCCCAGCAGGGCGGCAUGCAUCCGGUGGCCACCCUGCCCACCAUUUCCGAGUUUAAGGCGCAGGAGCAGAACGGCAGCAGCGGCUCGUCGUCCGAGUCGAGCCAGAUCGAGAUGAAGAAACCGCUGAACAAGAAGCGCAACACCAACUCGGAGUCCGAUGCCGCCGACUACGGGGCGGACAAUAUGCCCCGCAAUGCCUCACAGCCUGCCUUUACCAGCCAUCAGUCGGGCAUGCCGAAGAAUGGUUCCGUACCGACGUUCGAUCGCGUCCGCAAACACUCGACCGGGGAACGGUUCAAACCGUCGCUCGCCGCCAUCAAGGCUAGCUCGCGGGGCGAUGUCGGUAGCAACGGUGACGUACGUAAAUCCAUGCAUCUCAGACUCUCGCGCGGCUCAGUCAAUGGCAGCAAAAAUAAUAACGCUGAAGAAUUCGAUGAUGGCAGCAUGUUUACCUCAAAAGCCUCACUGAAGGCGGACCGGCCGGCAAUGGUGCGUCCGCUGUCGCGUAAGGACAUCUUCUACUCCGGCUCCGUCACGAACCUGAAAGAGUUCCAGUCGCAAAAGUCGCUAACGAACUAUCGCAAUUCCGUCGUCUCGCUGACCAAGUUCGAGAAGGAGCACCGGAACGAUGUGCGGGACGAUGUGGAGAAGGGGCGGGAAGAGCAGUACGAUCUUUGCCCGUGCCUGGCGCUGCCGGAAUCGUUCAAGAAUGCGAUCGGUGCCAUGAUGGAUGUGAGCUUGCUGCGUGAUCCCGUCUUUAUGAUGAUUGGCGUAUCGAAUAUCUUCGGCAUGGCCGGUCUGUACGUCCCCUUCGUGUACCUGGUCGAUGCGGCUGUUCUGGAUGGAAUUGAACAAAACUCUGCCUCCUUCCUUAUCUCGAUCAUUGGUAUUACGAACACGGUGGGCCGUAUCGUGUGCGGUUACGUUGCUGACUUCCCGCAAGUGGACGCCCUGUUUCUGAACAACAUCUGUCUAGUCAUCUCCACCGUAGCGGUCGCACUGACGCCUUUCUGCCACAGUUACGCCGCGUACGUGGCGAUGGCGAUCGCGUUCGGCAUUGCCAUCGCUGGCUACAUUUCACUGACGUCAAUUAUUCUGGUCGAUCUGCUCGGGCUGGACAAGCUUACGAAUGCGUUCGGUUUGCUGAUUCUGUUCCGUGGUGCCGCCACGAUCGUCGGCUCACCGCUGGCCGGAGCCCUGUACGAUGCCACCCAGUCCUACUCCAUACCGUUCUUCGUUGCCGGCGGUCUGUUUGCCCUGUCGGCCAUAACUAGCUUUGCGGCACCCGCCAUGAAGAGAUUCCGCAAGCCAUCGGAAGCACCCGUGCACGUCGAGGUGCUGACGCCGAUCGACGAGGAACCGUCCGAAGAUUUGGCGGACGAUGAUCAACCGAUCACGAUGGUACCAAAGAUCAUUCAAACCGCCCCCAGCCCGUCCACGGAGCAGCCCGUCACGUCGAAUAUCACCUCCACGACCACCAUCAAUGACGAUCGCAAGCAGCCGCAGUCGAACGGUAGCGCAAAGGACACGGACAAGGAAGUGAGCCAGAUGGAGUCCGUUCUGUAACCUGGACCGGGGCUUCCGGCAAAGGACACAGCGAAAGGGGGUGAAUGUUGCAGGUUGGAACAAACAGAGCGCGCGAUGGAGACUGUCGGUGGUUGGGCGACGAUAAUAUCCCCGAGAAGGAUCAUAUUUACCAUUCGUCGGUAGUCGGUACGCUGACUCACCCUCAGCCAGUUGCUCCACCUGCUUACACCAAAAGCAACUGUGGGAAAGGAGCGUGGAGAUGACGGUGGGACGAGAAAGAGCGAGUGUUUUAGAGCGAAGAGUGUAACCGUUAUCAGCUCCAAUGUUUCAACUAGCUAGUGUGUUAGGCUUAUCUAGUUAUAUCGUAUCGUGGAAAGAUUUGUUUUGAUUAUGUUAUUUUUAAUUGAAACAAAACGAGUUUUUAUCGCAACGCGAAAGUGUGAAGCAAAAAAAAAACAAAAAAAGAAAGAAGCAGAGUUAGAACGCAACGGAACGGAAUUUGCAGUGCAAAGAAAAACAUGGUGUAAAAACACGACAAGAAAAAGCGAGAGAGAGAGAAACAAAGAGAGAAACGUGAAAUACUAGGUAUGAUAGGAACAUAAUCGAGAACAAAGCAAGAAAAAGAAAACAUACAAAAACAAAAAUUGAAACCUUUAGUGUCAUAGUAAGAAGAGAACGAAAGAAGCGAAUGAAUGUGUUAGAAUGUGUGCGUCGUGUGCAAAGCAUAUAUAGAUGUAACAAAAAAAGAGGAAAAAAACGCGACAAAGAGCCACAUGUGUUAGUGGUAUGACGCCAGUAGGACGGCCGUAUGACUAUUUUAUUUUCCCGUUGUUUAAACGUUUGUUUUAUUAUUGCCCCCCCCCCCCCCCCCCCCCCCACCACCAAACUUACUCUACCCCACUCUUCACUUUAUUAGUUGAACUUUUGUUACUUUUAUUACGCGCGCAAGCCACUACACGAUCAGUGCGUGCUUGUGAGUGUUUGCGCGAUCGUCGUACUUAGUUCUCAGUUAGGAUCUGUUCUUUUAAGGUUUCAAAGUCAUAUCCAAGCCAUUUUGCUUAAUGCUGUAAACAAACCAUCCGGUACUCAGUACUUAGGCGUUUGUACGUACGCUUGAAGAAGCGUAAAUAAAUGAUAAUAGCUCAUAUAUACACACACACAAGCCGAUGUUGAACAAAUCCACUACCACACUUUGCUUUUCCCAGUUAGUGGAAAGCCUGCUAAAACCGUUAGCAGCAGGUACGCCGGUAGGUAGUGUACGCUUAGGGGGAAGUUUAAGGAAGACGAACGCCAGCCAACCUCUAUUUACUAAUGAAGCUCACCAUACAUCAUACACCAUACAAACAUGCAGAGAGAGAGAUAUAUAUGUUGUAGAUGACAGGAGUGCGGGCACAGGUACAAUGAAAAGGGAAAAAGAUGGAAAGUAAACUAAGAGAUUGUACUACGAUGAGGAAAAUGCAAGUAAAAUGUAAACGCCAGCCAGCCAGCCACAACUCCUAAACAAAGCCCUAAUGAGGUAGCGUUGCAAAAUGUGUAAUAAAACAAAAAGCAUACAAAAAAAACAACACUCACACACA